AUGCCCGGCCGGCCUGCGGGUUCUGCGCCCAGCACAAGGCCAAAUGCCGAGGAGAUCUUGAGUCGUCUUAGUGCGAUACAGUCGCUUCUCUCCCACGGCAACGCGGUUCCCCCGACCGCUGCUGGUAGUGCUGCUGGCGCCGCUGCUAGGUAUGACCAGACGUACUCGAUUGCUGGAACACACCGAGGCGUCGAUCUCAAAACAGCCUCGGCCUCAACAUCGGCAAGUGACAUUUUAUGGAGGCGAGAAUAUCCUGCGUCGACCUUAUCGGCGACACGAUGCGAAACACUACUACAGUGGCCAGUAUUUGAAGACGUGGUUUCUGCCAAGGUAUCGAACACCAAGUCGUUCCUCCUCGAUUGUAGCGCUGAUCGAGAUGAGAUGGUCGACCUCGCAGCGUCGGGAGACCGGCUGCCUUCAACCUCUGAGCAGGAGAAUGCCUCAGAGGACCUCACAGAGAAGCACCAGGUUCAUGGGGCCAAUUUUGUCAAUCUAUGCUACGUAUUCCUCUCGACGAUACAUAGGAGGAACCCGAUUCUCGAUGGGGACAGAUUGAUGGAAUCUGCUCAUCAUGUUAUGGCGCACGGGCUGAGAUGGGAUGCGAGGACCUGUCUAGUGCUUCUCGCUUCUGCUCUGGCCCAUUGCGGCUCGUCCUGCUCUUUGGACGGCCGGGUCGAACUAACCGCCGAGGGUAUAGAAGAUGAAUUAACACCAGAGGCGUACUACACAGAGGCUAAGAAGCGGAUCGGCUUCUUACAAUCGUCCAUCACUGAUAUUCAAUGCUUGCUGCUCGCCUCCAUGUACGAAAAGGCAACCCUGAACAUCAUCAAGGCAUGGGACUAUAUCAAGGAUGCCUGUUCCCGCCUCCAAACAUACCUGUCAAGUCGUCGCCGGGUGGCGCACGAGCAACAGGCCGAUCAUCUAGAGCCACGGAUAUUCUGGUCAUGUAUGAAGGCGGAAAGCGAUCUAGUGGCAGAAUUGCCGUUGCAGCCGAGUUGGAUUGAGAACUUUGAGUACCCCUAUCCGUUCCCAUCUCCCCCGCAGAGCCUGGCCAAGGCCACCGGCCUGCGUUCGCCAUCCAGCGGUUCAGUUGACUCAAGCGGAAGCAACCCUCGACAGGUAGAGGAGGAGGAGAGCUGGUUUUUUUAUACUGCAGAUAUCUCCUUUAGGCGGAUCCUGAACCACCAUCUCAAGGUACUCUACACCGAAGCCGGUGCCGGUUGGAUGGAAAACAUAAACCUGGCUUUCGCCCAAUUCACAGAAUGCGAACGACAGAUUGAAGUCUGGUACCACCAUCUCCCAUCCGUGAUACGAUUCAGUCUCGAAGGGCACCCAGAGAAUGAACUUUCGGUGUUCCUUAAAGGCCGCUUUCAGGGUUGGCGCGAGCUUGUUCGUCGGCCCUUUCUGUACUACGCACUCCACCAUGGUGGCGACGAGCCCGUAGACCCGCAGAUGAUGGCGCUGGCCACGGAGUGCCUUGGCAUCUGCGCGUGUCUGAUCAAUCACUACUUUCCGCAGGGUCGGCACGGCGGUACAUGUUUCAUCUCCCGGAGAACGUUCACCUGCGCGCUCCUGAUCCUGGCGGCCGUUUUUGCCAAUCGACAGGAUCUACAACCGCCAGAUGACUGGCCCACCGUGCUACAGAUUGCGAUUGAUAUGCUAAAAAAGUGGGAAACUGCAGCAAGUGACAUUGCAAGAAUGCGUGUCGUACUUACUAAACUUGUUCAUGAGGCACGCCAGGAAACAGGGAUAGGGCCGACAUGGCGAUGA